ACAGGAUAAGAGGAGGAGGGAUGACGGGAAAUCAAGUUCCAUUUUUGGGGUUCAGUCACCCCUUUUUCCCCCUUCACCCAGGGGGGCUCGUCCCCCUCCUCUCCGGCCGGACAAUGAGUCCCAUAUGCUAAUGAGGACCCCGCGUCACUUCCGCUCUUUCUCGGCCGCCAUCUUGGCCAGGGCAGGUUCUGGGCAGGAGGGACCCGGCUGUAUUGUCUGCAGGGCGCCUAGGGAGCCCCCCCUCCCCUUCCCCGCGGCCCGGCGCUCGACACCCCUCGGCCCGGUACCUCAGCCCCGCGGAGCCGCCACGUCCCCCUCCGUCCCAGCGCAGGCCGAGCCCCCCGCCUUGCCCCUCGCAACCUGCCCCCCCUCCCGCCAUCCAGGCCCCUUUGUCUCCCCCGCACCGCCGGCUCCGCUCCCCGCGCCCGCCCGCCCAGCCCUGCCGACAGCCGGGAGCCGCAAGCCAGCAGCGCCGCCGCCGGGGGAGGGAGCGCCCGCCGCUGAGGAAGAGGAGGAGGGAGCGCGAAACGCAGCUAGGCAUUAAUGCUACUUCCUACCAGAAGUCCUAAGAUUAAGAAACUACAGAAAAGGAAGUUGCAUGAAUAGAAAGGCUCCAGGAAUUCAUUGCCUUCAACAGCUACAAAGGGAAAUGUGAAAAAGAAAAAUCCCCUUUGCUGUCCCUUUUAAAGGGAAAAAGUGGUCAACAUUACAAAGAAACUAUGUUCCAGCUUCCUGUCAACAAUCUUGGCAGUUUAAGAAAAGCCCGGAAAACUGUGAAAAAGAUACUAAGUGACAUCGGUUUAGAAUACUGUAAAGAACAUAUAGAAGAUUUUAAGCAGUUUGAACCCAAUGACUUCUAUUUGAAAAACACUACAUGGGAAGAUGUUGGAUUGUGGGACCCUUCGCUUACAAAAAAUCAGGACUAUCGGACAAAACCAUUUUGCUGCAGUGCAUGUCCAUUUUCCUCAAAGUUCUUUUCUGCUUACAAAAGUCAUUUCCGGAAUGUUCAUAGCGAAGACUUCGAAAACAGGAUUCUUCUCAAUUGCCCCUACUGUACUUUCAAUGCAGACAAAAAGACUUUGGAAACGCACAUUAAAAUAUUUCAUGCUCCCAAUGCCAACACACCAAGUGGAGGCAUCAGCACUUUUAAAGAUAAAAACAAGCAUGAUAGCCUUAAACCUAAGCAGGCUGACAGUAUAGAACAAGCUGUUUAUUACUGUAAGAAGUGCACUUACCGAGAUCCUCUCUACGAAAUAGUUAGAAAGCACAUUUACAGGGAACAUUUUCAGCAUGUUGCUGCACCUUAUAUAGCAAAAGCAAGCGAAAAAUCGCUCAAUGGAGCUGUAUCCUUGAGUUCUGGUUCCCGAGAAGAGAGUAUGAUUCACUGCAAACGAUGCCUUUUUAUGCCGAAAUCGUAUGAAGCUUUAGUACAGCAUGUUAUUGAAGACCAUGAGCGUAUAGGAUAUCAGGUGACAGCAAUGAUAGGGCACACUAAUGUGGUAGUCCCAAGAUCCAAACCGUUGAUGUUGAUUGCUCCAAAACCCCAGGAUAAAAAGCCUAUGGGACUUCCUCAGAGAUUGGGACCCCUGUCUCCUGGAAAUGUUCGUUCUCUUCCAUCACAGCAAAUGAUAAAUCGACUAAAUAUACCAAAGCCUACAUUGAAUUCAGGAGUUAAUAUGAUGUCCAGUGUUCACUUACAGCAGAAUAACUAUGGAGUGAAAUCUGUACCACCAAGUUACGUUAGUCAUACAGGACGGCUAAGUUUAACUGGUAGCUCCCCAGUGUCUCUAUCCCAGCAAUCCCUGAAACAGUAUCCUCCCAGUGGAAAUGGGAGGCCGUACCCUCUUGGAGGAGAACCAAGACCACAGACCUCUGCAAGGUACUCUCUUCAAGCGGCCAACUCAUCUGCACUUUCAUCCGGUGCAUUGAAAUCAACACCAUUAGCUCAGUCUCAGGCAGCAUCCAGAGGAUUAGCCCAGUCCACACCCAAACCCCUUGGAACAAAUGCUACGGCUGCCGCGUCUGCUUCGGUUAAUACUUCAUCAACGCAGAAAUGGAAAAUUUGUACAAUCUGCAAUGAGCUGUUUCCAGAAAACGUGUACAGUGUUCAUUUUGAGAAAGAACACAAAGCUGAAAAGGUGCCUGCGGUUGCUAACUACAUAAUGAAAAUACACAAUUUUACUAGUAAAUGUUUAUACUGUAAUCGCUACUUGCCCACUGAUACAUUGCUUAAUCACAUGUUAAUUCAUGGCCUAUCCUGUCCCUACUGUCGCUCAACUUUUAAUGAUGUUGAAAAGAUGGCUGCUCACAUGCGAAUGGUUCAUAUUGAUGAAGAAAUGGGACCUAAAACAGAUUCCACUUUAACCUUUGAUUUGACAUUACAGCAGGGUAGUCACACCAAUAUACACUUACUCGUAACUACCUACAAUUUGAGAGAUGCCCCUGCUGAAUCUGUUGCUUAUCACGCUCAAAAUACUCCUCCAGUUCCUCCAAAACCACAGCCAAAAAUUCAAGAGAAGACAGACUUACCUGUCAAAAGUUCGCCUCAAGCAGCAGUUCCAUACAAGAAAGAUGUGGGAAAAACUCUUUGCCCUUUGUGUUUUUCCAUCCUCAAAGGACCCAUCUCUGAUGCACUGGCGCAUCAUUUAAGGGAGAGACAUCAAGUUAUUCAAACAGUUCAUCCAGUAGAGAAAAAGCUCACAUAUAAAUGUAUUCAUUGCCUUGGAGUGUACACUAGUAACAUGACUGCCUCAACUAUAACUCUACACCUUGUCCACUGUAGAGGUGUGGGGAAGACACAAAAUGGUCAAGACAAAUCUAAUAUUCCCUCUCGGAUAAAUCAGUCUCCAGGUACAGGACCUGUGAAACGUACUUACGAACACAUGGAAUUUUCUCUUUUGAAGAAAAGAAAAAUAGAUGACGAUGAUUCGCCCUCAGUUUUUGAGGAAAAGCCUGAAGAACCUGUAGUACUUGCUUUGGAUCCGAAAGGUCAUGAAGAUGAUUCGUAUGAAGCCCGAAAAACAUUUCUCACCAAGUAUUUCAAUAAACAACCGUAUCCCGGUCGAAGAGAAAUUGAAAAGUUAGCAGCCAGUCUUUGGCUAUGGAAAUCUGAUAUUGCUUCACACUUUAGUAACAAAAGGAAGAAAUGUAUUCGAGAUUGUGAAAAGUUUAAAAUGGGUGUUUUACUAGGAUUCAACAUGAAAGAAUUAAAUAAAGUGAAACAUGAAAUGGAUUUUGAUGAUGAAUGGCUGUUUGAAAACCACGAUGAAGAGAAUUCUAGAGUCAAUGCUAGUAAAACAGUUGAUAAAAAAAUAAAUUUAGGUAAAGAUAAUGAAAGUUCUUCAGACAGUUACGAAAAUAUAGAAGAUGAAUUCAAUGAAAGCAAUAGUCCUUUUGUAGAAGUUGUUUCUGAUCACAAAACAUCUAUAAUUAGUAUAAAUGAAAACACAGAUGAAAACAUAUCUAAAGAGGCACCCUUGGAAGCCGUGUUGGAGCCUCCAGAAAAAACAGACCAAAAAGAGAAUGGAGGAGAUUCAAAAAUCCAGGAAAGUUGCUCUGCAGCGGAACCAGGAAAGCAGGUGGCUAAUGGCUCAGACAGUGAAGGUGAUCAAGAAGAUCAGGAUGAUGUUAUUGAAUGGAAAGAUGCAGCAUCAGCCUCUGAAAGUGGACCUGGUUCUCAACAGGCAUCUGACUUUGAAGAUAAUACAUCUGAAGUGAAGCCUGAAACUUGGACUGAUGAAUCAUCCCAAAGUGAAGAUGCUAAUAGUAAACCAGGUGCAGAAACUAAAUGUGUUGUCUCUGAGAGUGAUGGAGACCAUUCAAAAUGGAAGAAUAGUUCCUAUGGAAAAGUAGGUGAGUUUUGGUCUAAGGACCAGUCACAAUGGAAAAAUGCAACAGAAAUUAAUGAGAAGUUGUCAAACCCACAGAUGGAGUGGCAAAAUAGCACAAUUGACAGUGAGGAUGGAGACCAGUUUGACAACGUGACUGAUGGGGUUACAGAAUCAAUGCAUAGCAGCCUAACAGGGGUAGAGCUGAGUAGCCAGCAAGCAUAAAAGUUGGUCAACUCCGUGGCCUCAGUAUCUCCCACUUGACAACUGUCUAAAUACUUUCAUUUACAAUGAAUGCUAAAGUUCAUUAUAACUGGUACUGCCUUUUGAGUGCAAGGUCAUCUGGCUAGUGGCUACAAAGCCACCAUUUCUAGUACUUAUUUCGAAGUAUGCUGUUGGCAAAUCUCACUUGAGAGUAUGUGCUGUGAUGAGCACAGUAACUUAAUGUGAAAACUGAUAUGCUGGUGGCUCCCAGUUCACUGAAGAAAAGGUUUAUUUUAUCAGCAUUUUCAACAUUUAUUUCACUGUAUAUGUUCCGCUGUAUGUCUUUUUAAACAUUACUUUUUCCACAUGGUAGUUAUAGGGCCAACAUAAGAGCUACCAGUUCAAUGUGUAUAGUAGACUCUGGGAAAAUUGUUUUUUCAUGUAUCAUUCUGAAUAGUUGAAAUGUAUAUUUGUACAGUCUUUUAGACCUACUCAAGUGAUGCUUAUGCUAUUGUUCUUGUGUAUCCAUCAUAGAUUUGGUUCUUUUCCCUUUUUUUUAGUGUUGCCCUGCUGUGUAAUAAAUGCUGUAUCUAGUUUACCUAGCAAAAAGCUUGAAACUGCUAUAGUAUGAAUUUUGACAGACUUAGUUUUUGCACAUAACCUUGUACAAUCUCAAAGAGGCCAGCAACAUAAAAUAUAUCUGGACUCUUAUUGUAUUAUAGAAUUUUCUUGUUCUUGAAUAUCCUUGACAUUACAACUGAUGACUAUGUAUUUCAGAGACAUUUUCUGAAAUCUUUUAAGCUAAAAUCACAUGCAAGAAACAAGUUUGCAGCUACUAAUUUUGACACCUUUUAGAUCUGUAUAAAACUGUACUGUGUUAAAAGCAGCAUACGGAAAUGAGUGCUGCAUUUUUUUGGAUAUUUAGUUUUAUCUUUAGUUAACACCUCAUGGUGUUAUUCAUUUAUACCAUCUAAUAUAUGACACAUUGUUGUAGUAUGGAUAAUUUUGUGAUCUUUAUUUCCCCUUUGUAUUCAUUUAAACAUCUAAAUAAAUUGCUGUAUUGUG